AUGGUAGGGAAAAUAAUCUUACAAUGGCCAUAAGGUAAGAUAAAGUGGAUAGCUGCUUGGAAGUGGGAAACCUUAAAGGAUGUAGGAGGAUGGUACUUGAAUAAUGGAGAAAAACAUGGUUAAUGGAUUGACAUAAUAAAGAAUUAUUAAACUAAAGCUUAGAUUUAUGAAAGUGGGAGAAUAUAUGAAUAAAAGGAGGUAAGGCAAAUGGAAAAAUGUCAUCAUAAAUAGUCAUUACGAAGUGGUGGUGGAUAUUAUGAAGAUGGUUCUGAUAGUGUGAAAAUUGGAAAAUGGAUAGAGUUAAUUGAUAAUUAUUAGCAAUUCUCGUAAGUAUCAUAUAAUGGUGAAUAUAACAAUGGUAAAAAAGUAGGACUGUGGGAUAUUUUCCAUCAAGUUUAAAAAAGGAUUGGCGGUGGAUCAUAUGAUAAAAGAGGUAUUAAAGUUGGGAAGUGGAUUGAAUUGAGUGAUGGUUCUUAUAAGUAUUCGUAGGUAUCAUAUAUUGGUGAAUACUAUAAUGGGAAAAAAGUUGGUAGAUGGAAUAUUUGUUAGUGGGACCCUUAUACAAAUACAAAUUAAUAGAUUGGAGGAGGAUCCUAUGAUUAAGAAGGCGAUAGUAUUAAGAUUGGAAGGUGGAUAGAGUUGAGUGAUGGAUUUUGUAGAGAUUCAUAGGUCACAUAUAUUGGAGUUCAUAAAAAUGGUAAAAAAGUGGGAAGAUGGGAUCUUUGGUAUGCUGAGAGGGAGAGACCUUUAAUAAAAAAUGAACUAAUUGGAGGUCGAUCCUAUAAUGAAAUAGGUGAUGAAAUUAAAUUUGGGAUGUGGACUGAAUAAAGCGAUGGAUAUUUGGAUAGAUCAUAGGUAACAUAUAAUGGAGAAUAUAAAAAUGGUCAAAAAGUAGGUUAAUGGGAUAUUUUUGUUAAAAAUAGGAGAACAGGAAGUGAUGAAAAAAUUGGUGGCGGUUAAUAUGAUUAAAAAGGAAGUGGGAUUAAGACAGGAAAGUGGGUUGAGUUAAGUGAUGAUUAUCAUGACUGUUCAUAAGUCACUUAAGUUGGUAUAUAUGAGAAUGGUAAAAAAAUUGGUAGAUGGGAUAUCUUAUACAAAAAUAGGGAUACAAAUAUAAAUGAACUUAUAGGAGGAGGAUCAUACAAUAAGCUGAAUGAUGGCUAUAAAAUAGGUACUUGGAUUGAGUUAAAUGAUUGGUUUUCUGAUAGUUCUUAGGUUACUAAUAAUGGUGAAUACAAGGAUGGUUUAAAGUUUGGCAGGUGGGACAUUUGGUAUAAAAAUAGGGAUACAAAAUUAUAUUAAUUGAUGUAAGACACUAUAAAGCAUUUAUGUUGUAGUGGAGGUGGAUUUUAUUAAGAUGACGUCAAUUAAAUUAAGCUUGGGAUAUGGAUUGAGUUAAAUGAUGGAUUUUGGGAUUACUCAUAAGUCACAUAACAUGGAAAAUAUCAAAACGGUAAAAAAGUUGGUAGGUGGGUAUUUAAAUUUGAGGGGUCGUAAAUCGGCGGUGGUCUUUAUAAUGAAGAAGGUGAGGGUCUCCAUUAGCUAC